AACGGGGCGCAGGUUGGAGCUGCGUGAGGAGGUGGCACCGGUGCUGGUGUCGGACCCGGGCUCCGAGGAGGGUCGGAAGGCACCAGGGUGGAAGUCUGCGGGGACAGGGAUCCCUGAGGUCGCGGAUCUGGGCCAGAGCACUUGAGGGUGGGAUCGCUUAGGUGAGGGCGGUGGAGCCAGAGUUUGAGCCUGAUUCCAGAUCCACGCUGGAGAAUCUGGGGUGCAGCGAACAGACGGGUAGCGUGGGCAGGAGCCGGCGCCCGGGGGCCCUACGCUGCGAGAUGCGGGUGCGCCUGAGCACUCUAGCAGGCGCGGCGGCGCUGAGCGGGGCUCUGAGCUUCGUGCUGCUGGCAGCCGCCAUCGGCACCGACUUCUGGUACAUCAUCGACACCGAGAGGUUGGAAAGGAGCAGCCAGAGGGGGCGGGACCAGGGACUGGCCAACCGCAGCCAGCAGGAGCCUCUGAGCUCCCACUCGGGACUCUGGAGGACUUGCCGGGUCCAGAGCUCCUGCACGCCGUUGAUGAACCCUUUCUGGCAGGAGAAUGUGACGGUCAGCGACUCCAGCAGACAGCUUCUCACCAUGCACGGGACAUUUGUGAUCUUGUUGCCACUCAGUCUGAUCGUGAUGGUGUUUGGGGGGAUGACCGGGUUCCUGAGCCUCCUCCUCCGAGCUCACCUCCUGCUGCUGCUCACCGGGACCCUCUUUCUCUUUGGAGCCAUGGUGACCCUCACUGGAAUCAGCAUCUACAUUGCGUACUCAGCGGCCGCCUUCAGAGAGGCAGUUUGCCUCUUGGAGGAGAGGACCCUGCUGGAUCAGGUGGACAUACGCUUUGGCUGGUCCCUGGCCCUUGGCUGGAUUAGCUUUGUCUCUGAGCUGCUCACUGGGGUGGUCUUCCUGGCAGCCGCACGUGUGCUCAGCCUGAGCCAGAGGCAGGACCAAGCCAUCUGAGUUUGGCCAACCCAGGAGGCGCAGGGCCUUUUGGACCCAUCUUGGUGGAUGGCAGCCUUUCCUUCCUCAAAUAUCACUGAUAGGGCCAAUGGUGGCCAGCUGUGGAUGAGCGCCCCCUGGCUGCUGUCUUUGUGUUAUCUGGGAAGCCAGUUCUGCUGUGAUGUGAGCAUGUGUGUGCCUCUGGUGGACCGGAAGUGGAGAGGGAGUGUGGA